AUGAUAAAGCAGAAACGGCCCCGUGAAGACGAAGAACACCAGCAGCACCAAAUUUCCAGCCCACCGUAUCUGUCGAAUCAUAGCUCCGUGCCUAGAUCGCCUAAGCUUUCGAAACCUGCUUCCAUAGCAGACGUCAGUUCUGGCAGUCACGGUCAUAUACCUUUGCCUAUCGCUCCUACUUUGAAUAACAAUACUAUAGUAGCCAUGCUUCCAAGCGGACAACCAAAUCAACCAACGCCCGGCGUUCCUCAACAGCCGUCGAGCACUAUGGAGGAAACGCGGGCCAAAUAUAUACAAAUCCAGCAAGGACUCAAAGCUGAAAUCCAACAGUUUGGCCAGAAUCAUCCCCGGGGAAUAACUGCGAUGAAGAAGCUUGAACAAUUUAACCAGCACAUGGCAAACCUGAGGAACCAACAAGCAAGCCAGAGGGCCGCCGCAACUGCUGCAAAUCAACAUCCCCAGGCCCAGGCGUCGGCCAUGGUGCCCCUGGUUCCGCAGGUAGCUGCGCAGCCUCGCCCCGCACCAUCUGUUGCUGGCCAGAAUAUAAGUAAUCGUCCGGGUUCUAAUGUCGGGCCUACUACCCAACUAGCAAACGCACCCUCGGCCGGUGGCAAUGGAGCAUCCCAACCGAUGAAACUUUUAGUCCCAGGCCACAUUGACCCUGAGAAUGCGGAUAACUGGAGAAGAGAAGCAGAGGCAAGGCUUCGAACCGCGUAUGCUUCGAUGGUAUCCUUUCGGACAACAAUCCAGUCACUCCAGGCUGCGAUCAGUAGUCCCGAGAAGCCGCUCUCUUCAGAGGAGCUGGCCGACAAGCGAGCACAGCUCGAGCAAAUUCAAAAACAAAAUAAAAAGUGUGAGGAUUUUAUCAAUGCAUUCCGUAUGCAGCAAUCUACUUUAGUUCGUAAUGCAGCAGCAACAAAUGCGUCAAGUACUGAGCCGGCUGCUGGGAAUAACCCAGCGGCUGAGAUCCCUACUACUGUUACCACGGCUGCCGACAUACCUGCCAGUGCUACAGGGCCUGCCGUACCUCCUUUGGCCAAGGCUGCGGUCCCUGUAAAAGCACCGACGCUCCAACAGGGCUCGUCGAAUAUAGGAUCAGUUGGAAACGCGCUCGCAGCUGCCAGCGCUCAAAAUGCCGUGCAUAGCAACCCGCAGGCGGGCUCCCAGAAGUCGCCAACAUCCGCAACUCCACUUAGAACACCAGCUACCCAGACUGUCUUUCCCCCCGGAGCAAACAUCUCGCAGAUGCCCGUUCAAACUCCACCACACGCCACCCCCCGGUCCUCCUCGGUGAGUGGGCCAACCGCACCUCAUCCGCAUACUCUCCAACAAGCCAUCUCUCAACCAGGGCCCGACUUAUCGUCAAAACCUUCCAUUCCAGUAACUGCGAAUACCCCCGCUAUGCAACGAGAGGGCGCAUCAGCACAUCGUCUCCCGAUCCCCAAAAGCUUGACCAUGCCAGCCCCGACCGCCGUUCCCGUGCCUCCGGCUAGGCCCACGUUGCCAGGUGGCACACACGCCCCUUCUGGUAGUCAAGUUGUCGGAGCCCCAGCCAUCGCCAAAGCCCCACAGUUUGAGCUAGAUGAGGCUAGUGGAGGACUGCUGAGUAAACGCAAGCUCCAGGAGCUCGUUCGGCAAAUUGAUCCAGAUGAAAGCCUAGAUCCCGAGGUUGAAGAGAGUGUUUUAGAGUUAACUGACGAUUUUGUCGACACCCUCCUCACCUAUGCUUGCCGCAUGGCUAAACACCGCGGAAGUGAUGCUUUGGAUAUCCGUGAUGUGCAAAUGAUUCUUGAAAGAAACUGGAACAUCCGUAUUCCGGGAUAUUCAAUGGACGACAUCCGCACAGUUCGAAAAUUUAACCCUACGGCAUCUUAUCAGCAAAAGCUGCAAGCAUUGCAAGCUGGAAAAGCUUUGAAUCAAAGCGAGAUUUCUAAAGACGCCUAA